AUGGUCGAUUAUGUCUUGGCCAAAGGUUACCACGCUGAGCCUGAUAGUCCUGAAGUCGGAAGUGCUUUAUAUACCGCCGUGACCCACGCGGACGUGGCAUUGGUGGAUGUUCUCAUUGAAAAAGGUCUUGUGAAGAAUUUAUGCACAAUCCAGGAACCCAUGUAUCCCAUGGAUCCCCAGGAUGAGCCAGUCGAUAGAAGCAUUCUUGGGAAAGUCACUUCACCAACUGGAGAUGUUGAUGCGGUCGCUGCUACAAUGGACUCUUUGCUACGACAUGACAUCAAGAUGAACUCUGGGAAUCGAUCUGCCUGUCUGGACUCGUUCGGCGAGGGCGAAUACAAACCUUCGGUAUCAGAACCCAACUUCCAACUCUUGCUUGAUCGAGGCGCAGAUCCGUUCUGCGACGGAGGACCAGAUCAAGUCGUGGAACUUCUAAGCCUAUUGGCUACAGAGGGUGCCAAGCCAGAGCUGCAGCUUAUUCUCAAACGGCUCAAUGAAUCUAGUAUAUCGUUCGAGGAGAUUGAACGAAUUGUGGCUCGGGUGCAGCGUCGCUGGAACGAGGACGAUGAUCUGGACCUUUUGCCGCUUCUCCAUCGUGCUUGCUGCCGGAAGAAGUAUCGGGAAAUCAUGCCAGUAUCGUGGUAUGCGUAG